AGGUAUGAAUCGUGACGUCAGCAGGUCAGGUAGCGCGUGAAGGGCUCCACACACUCCCUGCAGUUCAGUUCAGUUCCUGGACCAGAUUUUGGAGCUCCUCGCCGCUGCUAAAAGGCCCCACACAUAAUUGAACAGCAUGACCACUAGGAACAAAAUGGAAGGAUGCCGAAUCUGUGGGUGCGAUCUGCAGGGUAAUCAGCGACGAUGGCUCUUUCAGAACAGAAAAGGCAGCCAGACUUCUACACGCUCUCUCUCCAAAGAGUCCACCAGCACACUGCCUUCAUCCAGGUCUGCCCAGAGCAGCCCAUGGGGCAGCACUUUAUCUCUUGGCUCCUCUCAUAUGCUUUACAAAUCCCAAACCCUUCCCACCCCUAAUAAAGGAACAGACAUUCUCUCUGUGUUGACCCACAUAUUAGGGCAGUCUGUGCCACGGGGCCAUGGUAAAGGGGAAUUUGUAUGUAGCAAAUGUGUGUUUGUGCUAGAGAAAGUGUUCAAGUUCGACACCGUCAUUGCCAGAGUCAAAGUCCUGUCCAAGGAGAGGAUUCAGAAAUUGACUCAAGAAAGGGAAAACUUAAGGAGAUGGAUACGAGGUAAUUAUGCGCAGCGGCACCCUACAGACUUCAGGAGUAGAGGAAGCUCCAGUGAGGAUGAUGUGGAGCUGAGAGAAGGUGUUUCUGGAAGUGCUUACAGAGAGAUGCUGAGGGACAACAUGGCAAUGUCUGCAUAUGAGUGCUGGUCUGAAAAAUCUGACUCCUGCCCGUAUUUUAAGAGAACAGGAAAGCGAUGCAAUAAAGGGAAAAACUGUGAGGGCUGUGACUCGUUAAGAGUGUCCGACUCGGAUUAUGAGUCCGUUUGUGGGAUUCCUCGUCACCUGCCUGAGCAAGCCCUCUCUCCUUCUGGUCUGUCUCGGGACAAGUCCCGGAGUAUGCCUCUACACUGGUCUAGAGUUCCAUCAAUCAGCUCAAGCCCUGCCUCCUUAGCUGGGUCCUGCCAUUCAUUGCGAGCACGCUCGCGCACAGGCUCAGUGCAGUCAAUGGACUCUCUGGAUGGUCCUGAUCCAUUUGAUUGGCCAGAGGAGCAACCAGGUAUCUUAGACUUCAUUCACCAAGAGCUAAAGGGUUUAGAAGGAAAGCCACUCCUAUCUCCAGGAGGCAGUCGGAUCCCGAUCUUAAGUAAAGCACAAGGACGGAACGGAGUACUUACAGCUGGAUCACCAAAAGGAGGAUUAGUGCGGGUGCUUAAUUUUGGGGAGGGAGGUGACCAGGAGGUGAAUGAAGUGGAUGGAGAGAGUGAAGAUGUUCUGACUGAACUAAGGGAUGAGUUUUUGCCCCUGCGUGGAGAGGUCACUACAGGCAGAGUGCACCUUGCAGUCAGGCAGUUACGGGAGCAGUUGGAUCAAGCGCAGGCUCGCAUCAGGACCCUGGAGGCAAGGCUUCGGGACAGCAACCAGUCAGACAACAGUAAUGCCAGUCAGUCAGAGCCUUCACUUUCAGUGAAUCUCCACAACAGCUUGGAUGAUAAGAGUGUACUGAUUCACCAGCUCGGCCAAUCAUUGCAGAGCAGAGAGAAAGUCAUUCAGGAAUGUGUUCCUUUGAUCCGAAAGCUGUGUGCUGAGCUGGGGGCAGGGAAAGAGGGUGCUGAUAAGUUCAUCAGUAAGGUGACCGUAUCUCCAAGCUCUGACCGUGAGGGUGUUUUGGAGGCUGAGCUGUCUGAGCUGAAGGAGAGAGAAUGUGGGCUUCAGAAAGAGCUGGAGGCCCUCCGGCAGGCUGGCAGAGAGAGGGACAGAGACCUGAUCACUCUCAACACUGUGCUCCAGUGUAACCAGGAUGUCAUAAAUCAUCUGCGGGUGGAGUUAACUGAGAAGACGCAAUCACUACAGGAUGUCCAGAAAGAGAGGGAGGUAUGGAAAGAGCGGGACUCUGCCCUGGGAGCACUGCUGCAGGAAAGGGACACACUAAUCUCUCGUCUGCAGGAGGCACUAGCAAGCUCACAUAAAGAUGUUCAGGCCCUCUCAGAUUCCCUGAUUGGCAGAGGAUUGCCAGGAGAAGGAGCUGAAACUGCUUUGGCCAGUCAGGUGCAAGAGAAGGAGGCCCUGCUUGCAGCCUGCCUCAGAGACCAGGAACAACACACAGCCACCAUGAGAAAGGAAGUCUCCAAACUCUCUAUGGCUUUAAAAGAAGCAGAGACCGUUAUACAGGACCAAAGACAAAGUCACAAACAAGCCAUUGCUGAACUGACAGAGCAGCUGAGAGAUGUGCGCAAGGAGCUGAGAGAGAUGAGCAAAGAAAACAAGCAAGCAGAACAAGCCUGGAAAGCUGAACAGGCACAGAGACGUUUGGAAGAGGAAAAACUGAGGGAGAGUUUGCAAAAAAGGGACAAGAUAAUUGAGCAAGUCCUUUUGGAUGCAGAGAAGAGGGAUGGAAUGCUAAUAGAACUACACCAAAACAUCUACAGUAAGCUUGAACCCAGGGAUGCACUAAAACACACUUUGUAAGAGUAGGAGGGAGACAGUUAAAUGAUGUAGAGAUGUGCUGGGCAGUGGCUGUUAAAUGCUGAUAUGUGCACUAUAUGUAUAUAAUGGUUGUGCCAUAAUUUGACAGACACUGUAAAUUUAGCCUGAAUUCCCCAAAAUCCCAUCAUAUUAUUGUCUAAAUGGCUGCUAAUUUUACUUGUAGUAUCAGUGUGUUCAUUUAGUUGUUUUCCUUUGUUUUCUUUACUUAUUUUUUCCCCUCAAUGCACUUUCAGCUAGUGGAGCAUGCAUGCCAGCCAACAGGCAAGAAUUAUUUCCACGAAUUUAUAUCAAACACAGAAAUAUGGUAUGCAGGGACUAUAUUUUUCUUUGUACUGUGUGCUUAAAUGGGACUGCAGGCCUUAUUAAACUUAUUUUCAUAUCAUCUCAAUUUACUACUGUUAAUGUUGUGCCAUUUUUGAGGUUCUAUAAAUGGGUCUUACGGAGAUAUUUAAGUUUCUGUCUUAUUUUUCAUAAAAGCCUUUUUAUCUUUUUACUUUUGUGAGGCUAUGGGGUAUUGUUCUAUAUGUGUUUUAAUUUGUUUUAUUGUUUGUAUGUAAAGGUGUAUAUGUGUUGUGUUUGUUUUAUUUAUCGAGGCACACUGCCAAACUACAUAAAACUCUACACCAUUGUGUUUCCAUUUUCCUAACCUGAGGGACCAUUGCCUCUACUUUGAUCUUUGUUGAGGUUACUUUUAUUUUAAUGCUUUUUGUUCUUUCUGGAGAACGCACAGAUUCCUAAUUACAAUAAACAAUCUGUUGAUGGAAGGA